AAAGGGAAACAAAACACAAACAACCAGUAGUGUGCAAUGAAGAAAAUCAAAUACUAGUGGUGAUGAUAUGAAUGUGAUAAAAAAGAAGAAAAAAAUGAAAUUAACUCCAUAUGAGAAGUAAUAACAAUGAUAGUAGGCAUGUGAGAAAUCGAGUCAAAGAGAGAGAGCGAGGGAAGCAGCGAGGGCUGGCUCACAUAUGACGGACGCUCCGUGAGAUCUGAGAUGGCCAAUCAGAGCACUCAGCUUGCCCAAGCUGCUGCAGCGGAGGAGUGAGAGAGGAUUCUUCCACACACACGCACACACAAGCAUCCAGAGCAGCAUACGCUCGACAAGGGAGCGCAGACAUGCGGUGACAAUGGUAUGCAUGGGACAGAUAGUCUGUUUGGAAACUUUACCACACGCUCCCGAUGCACAUUUGUGGACUUAUAUCAUUAGGAGAUUCAACAUGGCUGCUGCUGUCGUCUUGUGUGUUUGUUGGACCCAGGCUUGAACCUGUUGCUUUCUUCCUCGAGUGCUCUUUGAGUGCAUGAUGUCAGUGCAUUUCUGCUGUUUUUCCAAGAUGAAUGACUGAAAUAUGAACCUCAUUCAAGCUUUCUGGACCUCUGGUCCAGCGUCUGAUUAAAUCAAACCCCUCAAACGAACAUCCGAGGAGGGGAAUAAGGAGUAGACGUGGCUGCUGGUUGGUGGCGGUGGAGGACGAGGAGGUGGUGGAGGAGGGGGGUUUGGAAGCCAUCUUUAUCCUUUGGAAUAUACCAUUUGUGGAAUACCACUGUGUGUUUGGAAUAUCGCAGAACUUUGGGAGUUUCACUGUAGUUUUUGGAAUCCUUUUGGAAUAUUGGGAAUUUGGCUCCUGUUCGCAGUCAUGAAGGUGAACCCGAGCUCUUGUUUGUGUCCUGUACUUUUGUGCCUGUGUUUUCUGGAGAGGGGUUAUGAGGCGAGCCAUCACAGCCAAGCCAAAAUCAUUUCCAGGAGCCACAAUGCAACUCACAACCACAACCAGACUAAGGAUGGGGAAACAGAGGUCCACCAUCGGCCCAAACGAGGAUGGAUAUGGAACCAGUUCUUUGUCUUGGAGGAACACAUUGGUCCAGAGGCACAAUAUGUAGGAAAGCUACAUUCUAAUUCAGACAAAGGCGACGGUUCGGUCAGGUACAUCCUUAGUGGUGAAGGAGCAGGAAGUAUCUUCAUCAUCAACGAGGCCAUCAACAUCAACACCAAUAAACCCCUGGAGCCAGAGUCAGAGUUCAUUAUAAAAGUUCAGGAUAUUAAUGACAAUGCCCCCAAAUUCCCUGACGGACCCUUCGUCACAACUGUGCCUGAGAUGGCAGAAGUUGGUACAUCAGUUUUUCAAGUGACAGCGACCGACGCAGAUGACCCUACAUAUGGAAACAGUGCACGGGUGGUGUACAGCGUUCUGCACGGACAGCCAUACUUCUCCGUUGACCCCAAAACUGGAAUCAUCAGAACAGCGCUGACAGACAUGGAUCGAGAGGCGAGAGAACAUUACUCUGUGGUGAUCCAAGCCAAAGACAUGGCGGGGCAGGUGGGAGGGCUGUCGGGCUCUACCACCGUCAACAUCACGCUGACCGACGUCAAUGACAACCCACCCAAGUUCCCCCAGAAGAAUUACCAGGUGUUUGUCCCGGAGUCAGCACAGGUGGGGAAACCAGUGGGGAAGAUCAAAGCUAACGAUGAGGACAUCGGAAUCAAUGCAGAGAUCAAAUACAGCAUCCUGAACCCCGAGGGGGCCGGAAUGUUCUCCAUCUCCACAGACAAAGACACUAGAGAGGGUGUGAUCACGCUGAGAAAGCCACUGAACUAUGAGAAGAAGAAGCAAUACAGUCUUCACAUCUCUGCUGAGAACACGCACUUGGAUCCACGCUUCUCCUAUCUGAGCUCGUUCAAAGACGACGCCACGCUCAAGAUCACAGUCGGAGACGUAAAUGAGCCUCCCAUUUUCUCAAUGGAUUAUUACAUUAUGGAGGUCUAUGAGAACGCCAGGGUAGGAACUGAAGUGGGAGCCGUCACAGCGAGAGACCCAGACAGCAAAAACAGUCCUGUCAGGUAUUUCAUCGAGCGGAGAGAAGACAAAGAGGUGUAUUUCGAUAUCGAAUCCAUCAGCGGAGUCAUUAGAACCACUCAGCUCCUGGACCGCGAGGAUACGCCCUGGCACAACAUCACUGUCAUGGCAACAGAGGAAGACAAUCCCAGUCUUCAGAGCCAUGUGCCCGUUACAGUGCAGGUCCUGGAUGUGAACGACAAUCCUCCAAUGAUCAACACAGAAGACGAUAUCAUCAUCUGUGAAAGCACCAGGGCAGGACAGGUCAUUCAGACAAUCACGGCUGUGGAUAAAGAUGAUUUUGCCAAUGGAAAGGGAUUUUCCUUCUCUUUUCCUGGAGGAGUUCCUGCCAACCCUAACUUUACAAUAAAAGACAAUGAAG